AUGGUAGAAGACAAAUACAUCGGCCUUUCCCUGGCCGUUUGCAGCACAUUGGGAAUCGGCGCAUCCUUUGUGAUCACGAAAAAAGGCCUCAACCUCGCAGCGGAAAGACAUGGCUUCGAAGGAGAUGGAUUCGCAUACCUCCGAAAUCCGAUCUGGUGGGCAGGAAUCGUCACCAUGGUCAUUGGCGAGGUGUGCAAUUUCUCGGCGUACGCAUUCGCGCCGGCGAUUCUGGUCACACCUUUGGGCGCGUUGAGUGUGUUGAUUGGAGCCGUGCUGGGGAGUUACUUUUUGGGGGAGAAGCUGGGAGUAUUGGGAAGAGUCGGCUGUGCGAUAUGCUUGAUUGGGAGUGUGGUCAUUGUGUUGCAUGCGCCGCCGGACGAGGAAUUGAAGAAUAUCGAUGAGCUGUUGGACCAUGCGCUCAAGCCGGGGUUUCUCACAUAUGUGGCCCUGGUCACGAUUUUCGCUCUGGUCAUGAUCUACAAAAUCGCGCCGAUAUACGGGAAGAAGAAUCCGAUGAUCUAUAUCAGCAUUUGCUCGACUGUGGGAUCCAUUUCGAUCAUGGCGAUCAAGGGAUUCGGCAUUGCGCUGAAGCUCACUCUGGGAGGCAACAACCAAUUCUCGCAUCCAUCGACCUAUGUCUUUGCCGUUGUGGUCGUGGUCUGCAUCCUCACACAGAUGAACUACUUCAACAAAGCGCUGAGUCAAUUCAACACCAACAUCGUCAACCCUCUUUACUACGUAACCUUCACGACCUUCACACUCGUCGCCUCGUUCAUCCUCUUCCGCGGCUUCAAUACAACCGACCCGAUUAACACCAUCUCCCUCCUUUGCGGCUUCCUCACGAUUUUCACUGGCGUCUACCUGCUCAAUCUCUCCCGCGAAGACCCAGAUGGCAACAAUACGGGAAUCAAUUCGACCGACCACCGCGGUGCAUACCACGAAGUUGACGGAAUUCCCACGGAUGGGCUGGCGGGAUUGCAGACGCGAUUUUCGAUGCAGUCACGGCGGAGUGGUGAGCACAGGCGAAGUCAAAGUUGGAGCUUGAGAAGUCCGGUCGGCGAUCGAUCACAAGGGCUGAAUGGGAACGAUGAGACGAUGUAUGAUCUGGAAGCACACAAUCUGAAAGAGCUGGCAGACGAUAGCGAUGAGGACACGAGCGGGUCUGGGUACAAGCGAACGUCAUUUGGAGACACGAAUGGACAUGCGAAUGGCGAGGGAAGCUCGAUAAAUCGUCCCGGGAGGAUACAAAAAGAGAGUUUCAAGGCGGGAGGCAAGGCUUUUGAUCAAUCAAGGCGGUGA